GGCAGACGCAAAGAAAUCUCGGCAACUCACAUUUGCGGGGAGGGGGGUGCGGUUGAAAGCGGAGUGUCUGUCAGAGCCAUCCCGACGCCGUCUCGGCUGGCCUGCGAGGGUGCGUGGGUCGCGGAAAGACUGCGGUGCUGAUGAUGAUGAUGAUGAUGGUGGUGGUGGUGAUGCUCAGGCGCCAGGGCGCGCCCGACCACAGUCUUGCAUGGAGGCAUCAGGCUCGGCUCAGGACUAUGAUGUAUAUUGCUAGGACCGUGGCGCCCGUUGGCAGUGAGGUGGUCAGCCAUCUUUUAAGCUGGAUUGUUUGUGUCCAGAAGACGUUGGGUUGGCGAUGGGAAUAAAAAGGACAGACUUGGCGAUGCUGACUUGUUGUGUUGCUUGGGGCGGCUGGGCGUCACAGCGGGUACAUGAUGUCACACCCGUUUCCCAGCAAAAUACAGGUACCUACCGGCGAUGUCCUCCGCCACUCUCAAGCUCCAAGUAUGGCUCCGAGGUUGGUUUAUGGUUGGAAGCAAAAAAGGUUCAAUUGUAUGCUUUUUUUUAAGUUCAGCGCUGGGGGUCAACUCGUUAUAAUUUCUACUAACUUCCCACAAUUAUGACAAAUUUAACUGAGGUAACUUAUCGAACGUCCCAGGAACCGGUAUCAGCAGAUUACACACAUAACAACAUUAUUCUUCAAGAGUAAGUGUGAAAGAUCACGACCUCUUGCAAGCUUCAUCCUACAGGCUGGAAGCUGGACAACCUGGAAGCUCUGCAGCUCAUCAACGUUUGCCAACAAAAUCGAGACAAAACACUCGUAUGGACUUAGUCCAUGUUGGCCACAUCCAUUAUCGCGGUUGGAGAGAGUUUGCCUAUUCAAAUAAUUCAAAUUUCCUCAAACCGCACCAUACAAACAAAAUAUACAUCUGGUGGCGGGCAGGAAAAUAAAUGGACUGAUCCAUGCUAGGGUGAGCCAGUCUGUUGGCGAAAAGGCCCCAAUGACUGAACUUUAAGACACCCCAAGUAUGGAUUUCCUAACUCCCUUACCCCCAAAAACCAACAAUUGUCCUCCCAAACUUGGAAAAAGAUUACGAUCGGUCGCUGUCCAGUUCACUCCAAUCUAAUCCAUUUUGGGUGUCGCAUGGCAACCCCAGAAUCCCGCUUCGUGUAUUCAUGGUAUUGACUGAGAAGGCUUUGUGUCCUGCACGAAUAUAAGACCAUCAUAAAGUUCUGUAGCAUCAAUAUGAGCGGGGAGUAGGUGUAGAGUAGCCAGCGCUUCGAAUGUCUCCAAAUCAUAUGGAUAAUGAGAUUGGAGGUCGAACCUAGACAGGUGGUGCUCUAGGCGUAUCAGGCGUGGGUCACCAGGGUUGGGCGAGCCAGAAGUAUAACGAUGCAACAUGGAACAGAAAUACUACAAUAAGCUCGCAGAGCCAGUAUUGUAUGGUUCGCUGCCUGGAGAGAGCAUGACGCUCAUGGUGUUAUAAGGCUUCAAGUGCUUUAAAAUCACCACGUUCGCGUUGUGCAUUGUUGCCAGGCCCUGCCCUUAUGGAGGUGGCAGCAGGGCCGGAUGGUACCACCCAACAGGUGUCACAGGCAUGUGCUCUUUAUAACCCAAUGUCCCUCUUGAUGGCGAAUCCCGAACCCCGACGUAGCACUCAGGCACCCAUAAAAACGUACGGUAUGAACGAAUAUAAUAUCCCAUAUCCCGAAACGCACCGCCUCGAUUUCAUAUCGAAAUCUAGAUCCACUUCCACUUCCAUCUGGACCCGACCCCUUCAUAUCUUCAACGUCAACGUCAACGCCAACAAGCACGCAUACGCCGCAAUACUCAGCGCCGUCAACACCACCACCACAUUCCCACUCGUCCGAAACUUGCGCCUCUGCAAACCAUCCACAUCCACUUCGUUGAAGAACUGCCUGUUUCCCUGCUGGCGCCGGAAGAGGCCAAUGGUCAACACACCAGCGCCAUAUACGGCAAAUAGCGCACCGAUGCUGUAGAACUCUGAAGUGAAGAUCUUGAGGAUGAUGAGAGCGAAGGAAAAUUGCGAGAGAGAGGUACGGAUAUAGGCGCCCUCGAAGGUCCGCUGGGCGGCGCGGACUUCGACUAAUUCUUCUUGGGUGAGGACUACGGAGCGGGCACGGUGGAGGCGGAGACGGUAGCGGUCCGCGGCACGGCGCUGCAGAGAGGGUUGUUAGUCGGUUUCUGAGGAGGAGAUUGUGUGCUGGUGGGAGGAAUUUAUAACUGACCUCGAACAUGAUGGAUAUAUCCAGGCGUGGGUAGAUUAUUUAGAAGGCUGAGUGCUCUGAUAGCCGGAAGAGCUGAGGUCCGCACCGAUGGCAAACACGUAUCUCUUCCUUAACACCACAAGUUGCUACUUCUCCAACAACAGCCGAAUGUCGACAUCGAAGGUCUUCAAGCUGUUGACAGAAAGAUGGAUGGAACCCAGCCGGAUCACAUGGGCGGCGAGAUUAGUCAGCCCCGGAAUGGGGGAUCCAUUCGCCCUUUAGCUUCCUUUAACUUCCGGGGAACAGACGAUGAACUGUAUGUAUAUCAAUUACUCUAUCCUAUCCAUUUACUUUGGCCGUUUGCAAUAACUUACUUCGUAUACAAUAACUAAUCUGGAGAGUUUUGAUGUUAUUUGCUAUUUUUACGAACAAGCUAUUUGGCGCAUUCUUCCGAAAGCGGGCGCACCGAACUGACUCGGGGCUUUCUCCGCAAUUAUUAUUAACUAGCGCCAUAGCUAAGCUUUAACCAGCUCCAGUUAAGGUUUUAACUAAGUGGCGUAACUACGUAGUAAGAGUUAACUGCUGGGCUUCGGCUAUUUGCUACCCAAUCAAUGUCCUUGCAACAGCCAGCGGACUCGGCAAUUUCCCCCGACGACAAAAUACCAACCAGCCAGACCUUGUCUUGAUGCUCUGAUGAUGAAAGAAAAUAAGCAACUGCUCCCUUGAAGCCCUCCCUGUGCGCCUUAUCUCGCAUCGCAACAUCAUUUCUACGAAUUGGCCACCUUGCUAUCAUCUAUUCAGUGCAUUUACUUGAGUUCUUCGAGGUCUAACUACUGGAAAGGGCGUCGAGGUGAUAUAGUUCACCAUGACCAAGAAGAUUCUAGAUGCUCCUGAGGUGGCCAAGCAUAACAGCCCUGACAGCUGCUGGGUCGUGCUGUACGGGAAGGUCUACGAUGUAACGGAAUUUCUCCCUCACCAUCCUGGCGGUGCGCAAAUCAUUCUCCAGCUUGCCGGUAAAGAUGCGACGGAAGAAUACGACCCGAUCCACCCUUCCGGCACCCUGGAGGAGAAUCUUAAGCCAGAAGCAUGUCUGGGCACCAUUGAUCCAGAGGCGUUGUCGAAGGCAGUCUCUCAAACUGAAUCCAAUACCAAAGCCGAGCGGACACGCAACGAAGCGCCGGCGAUGUCCUCGCUCUUAAACCUCGACGACAUAGAAGAAGCAGCCACGAAACAAAUCAGUAAGAAGGCUUGGGCAUAUUACUUCUCUGCCGCGGACGAUCUUAUCUCUAAAUCACUAAAUAACACUAUCUAUCGCUCCAUCCUCCUCCGUCCUCGAGUCUUCGUCGACUGCACAAACUGCGACCUCACCACCAUCGCACUAGGCCAUAAACUCGGAUUACCCAUCUAUGUCUGCCCAGCAGCCAUGGCCCGCCUCGCGCAUCCAGUGGGAGAAGCAGGGAUUGCCGCUGCCUGCUCCAAAUUCGGCGCCAUGCAACUAAUCUCUAACAAUGCUUCCAUGACCCCGGAGGAAAUCGUACAAAACGCAACGUCAGACCAAGUUUUCGGCUGGCAAAUAUAUGUCCAAACCCAGCGCAAGAAGAGCGAAGCAAUGCUCGCCCGCAUCAAUAAGCUCAAAUCCAUAAAAUUCGUCUGUCUGACCCUCGACGCCCCCGUUCCGGCCAAACGCGAACAUGACGAACGCACCCGCGCAGUCGCGCAGGCGACCUCCGUGUUCAACCUCCUUAGGGAGUCCGGAGGCACACCAAUCGAGGGCGGCGCGGGUAUCGGCCAGCAGUUGUUCGCCGGUACGGACCCGUCGCUCACCUGGUCCACGACUCUUCCCUGGCUAGCGCAGCAUACGAAUUUACCUAUCGUGCUAAAGGGCAUACAGACGCAUGAGGAUGCAUAUAUCGCAUCGUUGCAUGCGCCGCAGGUCAAGGCGAUUAUCUUGUCGAACCACGGGGGGCGGUCGAUGGACACGGCGCCGCCAGCAGUGCAUACGCUGUUGGAGAUUCGGAAGUUCUGCCCAGAAGUGUUCGACAGGUUGGAGGUGUGGGUUGAUGGGGGGAUUAAGCGGGGAACGGAUGUGGUAAAGGCGUUGUGUCUAGGAGCACGAUGUGUAGGGAUUGGUAGAGCGCCAUUAUUUGGGCUUGGGGCUGGUGGGGUCGAAGGUGUUGAGCGGGUGUUGGAGAUUCUCUCCACAGAAACCAAGACAGCUAUGCGUCUUCUGGGCGUCGACAAGGUCGAGGACCUAGGCAUGCAACACAUCAAUGCGCGCGCAGUGGAACAGCAGAUAUAUGAUGGCCCGGCAGGCCUGCACGCUCUGGACCUCUUGGUGAAACCCAAGCUAUAAAUCUUGAAACGUUAAACUUCUUGUUUUGGGUAUCCAUCUUUAUAAAUAUAUAUGUGGCCCUUAUAGAUAGAAUGCAAUUUAUGUGUCUGUUAUGUAGUAGAUAAAGCUAGGUUACAUUUCGAGUGCACAGGAAUGUGAGGAGAUAUAUAUCCAAGUUCCAGAUCUACGGACUACGGCUUUCCGAACUACAUUAUUUCACAUAAUUUAUUUCAUAUCAUGAGCAUGAUUCCCUAGUGGUUGGUCUACGUCGACUUUUCCAUUCCUGAAAGCUCAAUUCUCACUACUUGUCACCACUAGUUACCUGCAAGUGCGAUCCAAUCUCUACAUUUCUUAUGUAAAUUACCUCACUGAGCAUUUCCAAAACUAGUAUAGAACUCCCGGCAUGCAUCCUUUGUAAACUUUGCUUUACUUUUGAGGGUGCGGGUAUGUUUGUCCGAAUCAUUGAGCUAGAUUUGUUGCUCAAUCCAACUAAUUAUGCACGACCAAGGCUUAAGAGACCUGAAUCUUUCACUAAUUUGCCCGGGAAGCGAGACAGAGCAGGCAGUAAGUGCCGUUAAAUCUCAAUUUCCCAUGUUCAUUAUAUAAAUAUCAAGGGUAAUAAUAAGUCUAAGAACAGGGGCGAACCAUGAAGCGACUGAAAUGCGACAAAAAAAAAAAAAAAAAAAAAAA